ACAAGAAACCUGGGAGAGCUUGCUGCUAAACCAAGAUUCCAGCGACUGGACCGGUUUGACACAGGUUAAGCUUGGCCGGCGAUGGAUGGAGUACCAGGGACUUCGCAACUGGACCGGCCUUUUGGACCCCUUGGAUGAGAAUCUUCGCCGCGAGAUUCUCCGGUAUGGUCAGUUCGUCGAAGCUGCGUACCAGUCCUUCGAUUUCGAUCCCUCUUCUCCAACAUACGCCACGUGUCGUUUCCCCAGGAGCACACUGCUUGAACGGUCCGGUUUUCCUGGAACCGGGUACCGGUUAACCAAGAAUCUCCGAGCGACUUCCGGUAUUCAGUUGCCAAGCUGGAUUGAGAAGGCUCCGAGCUGGGUGACGACACAGUCCAGCUGGAUUGGCUACGUGGCAGUCUGUCAGGACAAGGAGGAAAUCUCGCGGCUCGGUCGGAGAGACAUCGUGAUCUCGUUCCGCGGCACUGCCACGUGUCUCGAGUGGCUCGAAAACCUCCAAGUCACGCUGACCCAUCUUCCCGAAGGAUCGGGCACACACGGGUCGGGUUCUGGGCCAAUGGUCGAGAGCGGUUUCUUGAGCCUGUACACCUCUGGGACCCACAGUUUAAGAGACAUGGUAAGGAACGAAAUCUCAAGGCUUCUCCAGUCGUACGGAGACGAGCCGUUAAGUCUGACGAUCACCGGACACAGCCUCGGCGCGGCAUUAGCCAUACUGACGGCAUACGACGUAAAGACAACGUUCAAUCGAGCCCCGAUGGUUACCGUUAUCUCGUUUGGAGGUCCACGUGUCGGAAACAGAAGCUUCGGGGAACUUCUAGAGAGACAAGGAACCAAAGUGUUACGCAUAGUGAACUCCGACGAUCUCAUCACGAAACUCCCCGGAGUCGUCGUCGUUGACAAGGACGAGGAAGAUCGGUGUAACAGCAGGAACGUGGAAACGGCAACGGCGUUAACGUCAACAUUGCCAGGAUGGAUACAGAAGCGCGUGGAGGACACGCCCUGGGCUUACGCGGAGGUUGGACAGGAGCUGCGGCUGAGCAGCCGAUAUUCCCCGUACGUGAACAGCAUCAAUGUCGCCACGUGUCAUGAGCUGAAGACGUAUCUGCAUUUGGUGGAUGGGUUCGUGAGCUCCACGUGUCCGUUCAGGGAGACGGCGAAGAGGGCCGACCUCCAUUGA